CUUGGAGGGCCCCAGCAGAAACUGGGAGCCCUCACCAGUGAGGAGUGCGCCGCGGGAGGGGGUGGGGCAGGCAGCUAUAACAUGGCCGGUUUCUUCUGGUCUCUUGUAGACAGACUACGCAGUAAGUUUUCUUCUACCUCUAUAUUUCCCCAUUCCUUCUCCUUUUCUGACUCUAAAUCCACCCCUUCACCGUCCCAAGAGUCCAGGACACACUUGGGACACGUUCAUCUCUAUUGCUCUCGUGUGCACUUUUCCCUGCAUUCUUAAGCUCGAGCUGAAUUCACCCCCUCAGGGGGAGGAAAAAAAACGGAACUGGAGCGUUAGGACAGGGAUGAGCCUGGAAAACGGACCAACUGGACCCUGAGAGGCUGGGCUUCCCGGGGAAGCCUGCUAGGGGAGCUAAGCACUUGGGGCUCCUGCGCUUCUAGUGGAAUCAGUCUCAGGGAAGUCUGAAGCGCAUAACAGGGCUGAGUUCAGGAAAACCACGCAGGGAAACAGAACAGAUUAUGAGGUUAAUGUGGACCUCCCUCCCCCAACACUGCUGGCUGCUUCUGGCGAUGUUCUUGCUUGAGGCUGUGGGCGGUGACCUACUAUUUGACCCAAACUGGGGGUUUGACUGGUAUGAAAUCACCGUUCCCAAAGAGCUAACCUUUAGGAAAGGGGAGCGGGGUGUGGACAGUUCUUUGUCGUACCUCUUACAGAUACAGGGCAAGAAGCAUGUUAUUCAUCUAUGGCCCAAGAAGUUUCUGUUGCCAAGAAAUCUGCCUGUUUUCUCCUUCUCUCAAGAGGGCAGUCUGAUAGAGGAUUACCCAUACAUACCAAAUGAGUGCAAUUACAUGGGCUCUGUGGAAGGCGCUCAGGAAUCUGAAGCUACCAUGAGUACAUGCAUGGGUGGUCUGCACGGCAUCUUGAACAUAGACUCCACUUAUUACCAAAUCGAGCCCCUCAGGACCUCUUCUAGAUUUGAACACGUUGUGUAUCUCCUAAGUAAGGACGGAGCUAGCAAUGAGACCUGUGGCGUGGUUGAUGAAGAAACAGAUGAGCAAACCAUCCAGGAAGAGGACACGGCUAGGAUAAGUACCUUCCAUAAAUCCUACAGGCACCAAAAGUAUUUGAAAUUGCUCUUGGUCUUUGAUACAAGUAGAGUUAUAAUUUUACUUGGCAAUCGGACUAGAGUCAUUUAUGAAGCUAUUCUUCUAACUUCAAUUAUAGACACCUACUUUCAUGAUGUCAGGAUGAGGGUUGUUUUAAAAGCAAUUGAAAUUUGGUCACCCUAUGACCAAAUCUAUACUCAGUAUCCCACUUUAGACCUAGUGUUAGGUCAAUUCGUCCUGUAUAAAAGGUCAUCAUUGCAUUUUCGGCUUCCCUCAGACUGGGCACAUUUAUAUCUGGGAAAACGUUUUGACGAUGCCUCAGCAUGGUCCUGGGGAAGAGUGUGUGAAGAGUACCAUGCUGGAUCAGCAAACUCCUUACUAAAUGUAAAUCUCCUCGGACCUGCUACUUGGACCACUCACGAAUUGGGCCAUGCUGUGGGAAUGAAUCACGAUUUGGAAUACUGUCAGUGCCGAGGUAGGAAGAACUGCGUCAUGGGUUCAGGACGUGUAGGGUUUAGCAAUUGUAGUUACCUUCAGUUUUUUAAACAUGCAGCUUAUAAAAUAUCAUAUUGUCUAUCUGAGAUCCCAGAAAAUAUUUAUGUGGUUAAGAGAUGUGGAAACAAAAUUGUUGAACACCCAGAGCAAUGCGACUGUGGUUCCAUAGAGGAAUGCAAACAAGACCUCUGCUGUGGGCCAGACUGCAGAUGGAAAAAAGGUGUCAACUGUUCCACCGGGCUUUGCUGUCAUAAAUGUGACUUCCUUCCAUCAGGAUAUGUGUGUAGGAAGGAAGAAAAUGAAUGUGACCUUGCCGAGUACUGUAAUGGGGCCUCAGGUUACUGUCCAAAGGACUUUUACAAGCAGGAUGGAACUCCCUGCAGGUUUGGAGGACUUUGUUUCCAGAAGGGAUGCAGAUCCAAGAACUUACAGUGCCAGAGCAUUUUUGGACCUACUGCCAAGGAGGGUCCUCCUCAAUGUUAUAAUGAAGUUAAUAUGAUAGGUGAUCAGUAUGGUAACUGUGGCAUUAAUAAAGCUCGAUACUUAAGGUGUAAUAUGGACAAUGCAAUCUGUGGCAGGCUACAGUGUAUAAAUGUUAACGCCAUCCCCAAAGUGCCAGAACACUCUGUUAUAAUAGUCACCCAUCUGAAGAGAGAUAAUAUCAUAUGCUGGGGCACAGGCUAUCAUGAUUUCAUGAAAGCCCAUAACAUACCUGACAUAGGUAGGAUUAAUGAUGGCUCCUUCUGUACUCAUAAACAGGUGUGUAUGAACAAAACUUGUGUUGACUCUGACACCCUGAAGUUCGACUGUUUGCCUGCCAAGUGCAAAGGCCGAGGUGCCUGCAAUAAUAGAAAGAACUGCCACUGCGUGUAUGGCUGGGAACCCCCAUUCUGUGAAGAGGUGGGAUUUGGUGGGAGCAUUGACAGUGGACCCCCUGGACCUAGGACAGAAGAACCCGAACCACCACCAUCAUUUCCAGUUCUGUAUAUGAUGAUCAUGCGUAUUGCUUUAUUCGCCAUCUCAGUGAUCAUUGUGUAUUUUAGUCAGGUGAUUAAAAAAUGGUGUAAAAAUCACUGGCAAAAACAACCAGUCAAGGCGCAUCCUAAAACAGAGGCUGACCAGUGAAAAAUGUAACUAGGCAAUCCUGUCAUCUAAUACAUUUGCCUAUUUAACAAGCUCA